AUGUCGACACACAGACAGAACCCUGAAGAGCUUCUAAAGCAGCCUCUCUAUGUCUUUGAUCUUCCCAGGGAGCUCUUGGCAACUCUAGCAACCAAAAAGACCAGCAGCCACCCCGCCAUCCAGCCAGACCAAGACAGUCCUCAAACCACCAACGAACAUGGAGAAAUCGGAAUUACCAAUUCUACUACCUGCUCUUUGUGCCAGGUAUCCUUUAAUAGUGUCAAUGAGCAACGAGUCCAUGUACGAUCAGACCACCAUAGAUACAACCUAAAAGCUAGACUGCGGGGCAAUAAAGCACUAAACGAAUUGGAUUUCAAUCAAGCGAUUGGAGAGCUCGAUGAAUCAAUAUCCGGUUCAGAAUCGGAGCCAACCGAUGAAGAGGAAGAUGGCCACAAAACCCCGGAUAACAACCUUGUCGCACUCCUGAAGAGACAAGCUAAACUGGCAUCACCUGAGACUGAUCCUACCGAAACUUCUCAGUAUAAGCGUACUGGAAAACAGCCAUUACUAUGGUUCAAAAGUUCCCUUCUUCCUCCAACAGUAUUUUUGGGAGUUUAUCGAGCGCUAUUCACAGAUUUGGAACAAGACUCGCAAGAUCAGUUGGUUUCGUCACUGCAAAAGAAACAAACCAAUUCCAUAAUACGAAAUUCGAACCAAGACUCCCAGAAAGCUGCCCCAGAUCAGGCUCAAAGCAAAUCUACCCGGCAUUAUUUUCUAUGUAUGAUGGGAGGAGGUCAUUUCGCUGCAAUGAUCGCAUCAGCUGCCUCUGAAAUUAAUAAGGGGGCCGGCGGUAUCGAGAAUCGAAAGCCAGUCAUCAUAGCCCAUAAAUCAUUCCACCGCUACACUACAAGAAGGAAACAAGGAGGUUCACAAUCUGCCAGUGAUGCUGCAAAAGGCGCUGCACAUUCUGCCGGCUCUACAUUGAGACGGUACAAUGAAGCUGCGUUGGAGAAGGAGAUUAGGGAUCUGCUAAAAGACUGGAAACAUAUGAUCGAUAAGUCGGAGCUUCUAUUCGUGCGUGCGGCGGGACCCACCAAUCGAAGGGUAUUGUUUGGCCCUUACGACGGGCAGGUAUUGAAACCAUCAGAUCCGAGAUUGCGUGGAUUUCCAUUUAGCACUCGUCGGGCCACGCAAGCGGAGCUCUUGAGGGCUUACACUGAGUUGACGCGGGUAAAAAUCAGCCAUCUUGAUGAGGCUACCCUAGCGAAGGAGCAAGAAAAGCAUCGAGAGGUGGUAUCACCGAAACCAGCUGCCCAAAGGCAAAAACCAAAGAUCUCAAAAGAGGAAGAGGUAGCUAUUCUUCAUACGUCACAGAUACAAGCGCUUAUUCGGCGGUCAAAAGUUCCCGGGCUAUUGUCAUACCUUGCGAAUAAUACUAUUCCUGCAUCGUUCAAAUUCCAUUCUUCGGCCUCUCAACCAAUCCACCGCUGUCCUACUCCAUUGCACCUUGCUGCAAGUUCUAGUGCACCGGCGAUUGUGAUAGCGCUGCUCACCAAAGCAGGGGCUGAUCCCACCAUACUCAACGGAGAAGAACGCCCUGCGUUUGACCUUGCGGGCGAUAGACCAACACGUGAUGCCUUCCGCAUCGCCCGACAUGAAAUUGGUGAAGCAUCCUGGGACUGGGAAGCUGCUCAUGUGCCGCCCCCAAUCUCGAAGGAGGAGGUAGAUUGCCAAGCAGAUCGUGACAGGAGGGCCGCUGAGAAAGCUGAGGCGCAGAGGAGGGAGGAAGCAUUGGAGCGCAUAAAACAGGAGGAUGCGAAAGGCACAACGCAACGAAAAAGGGCGGCGAGAACGCUUACGCCUCGCGAAAAAACUGCGUCCGAAAGGAGAGAAGAAGAGAUGCGAGGAAUGACCCCAGAAAUGAGGAUGAGACUGGAGAGGGAGCGUCGAGCGAGAGCUGCAGAGGAUCGUAUGCGAAGAAUGCAAGCUGGUCAGGGACCGUGA